AUGCAGCAGCCAACAGACCAACUGCACCGACAGGCAACGGUGCAGCCCCGGCGCCUUACGAACCUGCAGCAGGGCCCGGAUGGGAUCUUUUAUGAUGCGCAAGGGCUGCCCUUACAUCCUGACCUGCAGCAGAGCCUCCACGCGAACGAGCUCUUCCACCAACAGCAGCAGCAGCAGCAAUACCCCCCGCAGCAGCCCCCACUGUCGCAACAGUUCGCACCGCUGCCACCACAUGCGCUACACUACGAGCAGCAGUUUGCGCCGCAGCAGUCGUAUGCGCCGCAGCCCUACCAACAGGUCCAGCAGGUGCACCAUCCUCAACACCAUGCGCAUGCGACCAGCCCGCCCUAUGGGUUGACGCCUGGCCCGGUGCCCGACCCCGCGCACCAGAUCCACACGCCGCACGCCCACACGCCCCUCCACACCACACCGCGUAUCGCGCAGCGACCGGUGCAGAUAGCGCAGCAGCCCAUAUCACAGUCGCCGCAGCAACAGCAGUACAGUUCGCCUCUAGAAAGCGUGGUAGGUCCCAGCGACGAGAACACGCUCGUCAACCAUGGCCAGUUCAAGGGCCUCAAGCUCAUUCCUAAUCCGCCGGAUCUGGAAGAGUGGAGGCAGCGACUGUUCGACGUCGACGACAUCAUCACCUUGACUCAAGAGCAAUUCCAAACUUACUUCCCGCACAUCGACAAUGUCUAUUCGCACCGCUCGACGCAGCGACACAAGCGCAAGAGCUUUGUGUCCCACUACUGGGACUGUCGACUAAAAGGUCGGCCGCCCGGCACCAAGAAGUCCACAGAUCCAGACAAAAAGAAGCGGAAGCGAGUUGCACGCGAGCGAGACCUCUGUGAUGUUAAGAUCAAGAUCACCGAGUUCUUCGACCAGAAAGAGUACGAGGAGCAGAUGGGCCAUCCACCGCCUGCAACAGAAGAAGACGACCCUAUGUCCAUGAGCUCGACUCAGCUUGGACCAUCAAGCGCGGCACCAGACCACAGCAUGUUUUUCGGCCAACAGAUGACGCCGCAACAGACAAUGACGCCGUGGGUGAUGCAACCGAACAUACUGCAGCCCGGAAUGAGCAUGUUCGCGCCUCCACCGCCGCCGUUACCUGGACCGCCGUUACGUGGGCCUCCGCCAAAGAAAUUCUAUACCUUCCAGAGAGUAAAUGGUAAUGGAGGGAAUGGGAAAGGAGACGGUGUUGCUGGGCCGCACAAACACACGCUCGAAGAGAGCGAUCGAGUCAAGAAGAACAUCGUCGUGAGGACGUUCGCGAAGAACGAGAAGGACGUCAAGAAAGUGCAGCAUAUCACGAUCUGCCUCCGUCCGUUUCAUAAGCUCGCUGCAAGCUUCGAGUUCAAUCGCAUCGCGUCCUCAUCUCUUUACAUCUUCUUGCUUCACUACACCAUCGAAAUCUCACGUAUCCCUGUUCGCUUUGCAUCAUCGUCGUCCACAAUGACCGACACCAACCAGGGCGGAGAUUCUUCCAAGAAGACAUACCAUAAAAAAGCCACUGGCAAUGCCCUGACAACAGUCAAAAACCACGCGAAAGAAGAAGACCUCAAACUGUACGGAAGUUGCUUCUGUCCCUUCGUCCAGCGUGUCUGGAUCUCACUCGAACACAAGAAGAUCCCCUACCAGUACAUUGAAGUCGACCCCUAUAAGAAACCCCAAUCCUUGCUAGAUGUCAAUCCCCGCGGCCUCGUUCCCGCCAUCCGCCACGGUCCAACAUGGAGCACACACGAAUCCACCGUAAUCAUGGAGUAUCUCGAGGACCUAAACGCUGGUGAGCACCUCCUCCCUUCCGACCCUCAAACCCGCGCAACUAGCCGUCUCUGGUCCGACCACGUCAAUCGUCACGUGAUUCCCAUGUUUUACAAACUCCUGCAAGCGCAGAACCAGUCCGACCAAAUUACGCACGCGCAAGAACUCCGCGAUCAGAUCAGCAAACUCGUCUCCGCCGCCGAUAAAACUGGUCCUUUCUUCCUCGGCCCGCAGAUCUCCUUCGUCGAUGUGCAGGUCGCGCCGUGGGUGCUCCGGCUUCGACGCGUGCUGGGUCCGUAUCGAGGCUGGCCCGAGCCAGAGGAGGGAAGCAGAUGGAAGGUGUGGGUUGAUGCUAUUUAUAACGAGCCGAGCGUGAUGGCGACGACGAGCACGGAUGAGUUGUAUUUGGAUAGCUAUGAGCGGUAUGCGGAGAACCGACCGGGGACAAGUCAGUUGGCUGACGCGGUCAAUUCGGGGAGGGGGCUCCCGUGA